UAUUUCGUGAACCAGAAGACGCCUCCGGUAUUUCCUGGGGACUGCGGUUCGCCUCCACGCCUUCCGUUUGCAUUGCUCCGAAGGGAAAGGCCGGUUCAGAUCCGGUCAGAGGGACGGCACCGGGAGAGAAUAAUGCGCGGCGCAAAGAGAGGAACCGGCACCAGCACACGGUCCCUGCUUCGCCUAUAUAUACCUCGAGCGGUAGAAGUCGAAGCAUCAGUAUCUUGUCUGACGUCGGCGACAACAUGAAGACCGUGAUCCUCUCCCUCAUCCUGGCCGUGGCCGCCGCCGCCCCUCAGUACGGCCGCCAAGACAGCUCGGAGAAGGAGGCGCCCAUCCUGCGGGACGAGCGCAUCCAGGAGGACGACGGCCGCUACAACUUCGACGUCCAGACCGGCAACGGCAUCACCCUCUCGCAGUCCGGAUCGCCCGUGGCCGAGGGAGCCAUCGCCAGCGCCGGGGAGUUCUCCUACACCGCUCCCGACGGCACUCCCGUCAGCCUCAAGUUCGUGGCCGACGAGAACGGCUUCCAGCCCCAGUCCGACCUCCUGCCCGUGGCCCCCGAGUUCCCCCACCCGAUCCCCGACUUCGUCCUGAGACAGAUCGAGUUCGCCCAGCAGCAGGAGGCCGCCCGUGCCCGCGAGGGAGGCAGGUCCUAUGAAUAAGUUCCACCGCAAUUUUUUUUCUUUUUUUUACGAAUCGGUUGUCUUGUCGCGUCUCUGGUGACAUGAGCCAUUGUCUCUUCUUUUUAAUUUUCAUCCCACCCCUGCCACCAAUUUCUGACCGACUAAAAGAAAGAAAAAGAAGAAAAAAAGAGAUCAUGAAUAUCUGGAUACUUUCUCUUCUAUUCAUGCAUUCAUAUUUACGUAAAGAAAGUCUUUCAUCUCCAUAAUGGGAUUCGAAUUGCUUACUCUGUCCUUGUGAAUUAUUCUUUCUAUUCUCUCUCUCUCUCUCUCUCUCUCUCUCUCUCUCUCUCUCUCUCUCUCUCUCUCUCUCUCUCUCUCUCUCUCUCUCUCUCUCUCUCUCUCUCUCUCUCUCUCUCUCUCUCUCUCUCUCUCUCUCUCUCUCUCUCUCACCAUCUUUGACCAGCUAAAAGUUGAUAAUUUCCGGACGCUUUCUCUUCUAUUUAUGUAUUUAUAUUUAUGUAAAGAAAGCCCUUCGCCUGUAUACGAUGAUUCGAAUAAAAUAAGGAGUAAA